AUGAUAGUGCAUGAAGGUGAGAGGGGUGAGCCAUCAGUAGAUUCUCGGGAGGCCGAGUACAGAGAGAUGCAGAGGAAUUACAGAGUUUUAGAGGCUGUGGCUUAUCGGGUUCUAGCCUUGUCUCAUACACUAGAGGUGGGCUCGAGCAAUCAGGCAUCACCGUCAGGGUCUGUGGGCGUAGCCGUGACUUCAGCUUCAGAGGGGGUGGAUAUAUAG